GAAAACCCAUUUGGAUUAAUUCUAUUUCCCUUGAUAUUUUUGGAUUAAUUUACUCUUAAUAAUGGAUAAAGUUAACUACAGCAAAUGUCCCUUGAAAAAGAGGCCUAUUAUGAUGAGCAGUGAAAUGUUAAUGGAUACUGAAACUUCACUAGAUCAUGAUGAAGGUCCAGUUGACUUGAGUAAAGCUUCCUCCUGUAACACUUCCCCCACUUGGAAUAAAUUGGAACAAGAUGAUAAUGUAACGGUGUCUGCCUUAGAUUUACAAAAUAAAUUUAAUACACAGACUAAAGAAGAUUUGGCACGCCGCAUUUGGGAAGAGACUAGAGAUAUUGCUCGUGCUUUCCCUGAUGUAUUUACACGUGAAGAAAUCGCCCGCAGUUUGGCACGUCUAGGCUAUGGUGAUUUUCCUUUACCAGCUGAAGAGCACAUAAAUGAAAAUGAACCUUGUGAGAGAGCACAAAAUGUUACACCCUCUCCUCCGCUGCCUAGGGCGGAAACAUUCUAUGGUGCUACUAUUAAACCAGAACCUGUAGAGACUUCUUUCGAAGAGGAAAAUACUCCCAUGAGAAAUUUCAAUAAUAAUUUAAUGAAAAGUAUUGCUGAGUAUGAAGACUGUUUAAGACCUCAGAAUUUUUCACGAGAAACUUCUCCCAAGUUGUUGCGCGACAGUGAGCCUUAUGUACAACAGAAAGUCAAUUUUGAACCCGAGGAUUUGAGUUUAAGACCAAGUAAAAAGGUUUUGGGCGACAAUACCAAUUUACAUCAUGUGGCCAAAGCUUUGCUGGGCUUACAGAACUUUAAACCCGAGCCAAGUAAUGUUAAUAACAAAAGUGAAAAUGUUAAGCCUGUUGUUAAUUUGAAAUUAAAGACCAGUAAUGACUUAUAUUAUCAAUGCCAGCAGUGCAAUAAAUGCUAUUCUACCUAUGCGGGUUUGGUUAAACAUCAACAGAGUCAUGCUUUCGAGAGCACAGAAUACAAGAUAAUACGCAGUAAUCCAGAGGGAGGAGCUACUACUCAUGAUUCCACUGAGUUUACCACCGAUCAGGCUGCUGCUUUGAUACAGGCCUCUGCUUUAGCUUCUUCGCAAUCUAUGCAGAAGCCAGUGGGAGUACCUCGCUAUCAUUGCAAUGAUUGUGGCAAAUCUUAUUCUACUUUUUCCGGCCUUACCAAGCACCAACAGUUCCAUUGCCCGGCUGCUGAGGGUAAUCAGGUGAAAAAAGUUUUCAAUUGCAAGAACUGUGACAAGACUUAUGUUUCCUUGGGUGCCUUAAAAAUGCACAUACGCACUCAUACUUUACCCUGUAAAUGUCCCAUUUGCGGUAAGGCCUUCUCUCGUCCUUGGCUAUUGCAAGGUCAUAUACGCACUCAUACCGGAGAGAAACCUUUCAGCUGCCAACAUUGUAAUAGAGCUUUUGCUGAUCGCUCUAAUUUGAGAGCUCAUAUGCAGACACACUCAGAUGUUAAGAAAUAUUCCUGCCCUUCAUGCACCAAGUCUUUCUCACGCAUGUCUCUGCUGGGCAAACAUUUGCAAAGUGGCUGUCAAUCUUCGCCCAAUUCACAAAACUCCAAAUCUCCACCUUUGGAUGCGGUAAGUGGCCUUAACCAGCAACAAUUACAACAACAUUUGCAGGGUAUGCAAAAUAAAUACUCUGUUGCAGCUUACGAUGAAAAUAUGCAUCCCUCACAAAUGCAACAAAAUCAACAGCGUAUUUAUUAUGCCGGCAGUGUAGAGUCAAGUGAAAAUGAUACCGAGGAAGACUAUACCCUGCAAAAUGGCUAUGCCCAUCCUCUCAUAGAAAGAUUAAGUGAAUUUUAG